AUGUUCUCAGCCUUAACACCGCCGGGAAACUCCGGUGUGUUCUCAAGUACAGUAGACUCAAACCGACAAAUGACUGAAACUCACAAAUGGGACUUUGAUCCAGGAACUGGUGCUCAAAGGGAUGAUACAGAUGGUGACUCAGAAAAACGGGAAUCGGAUAUGAACAAGAAAAAUGUAGCAAAAAUUGGAAGAAAGAUGCAUAAGCAGAAAAACAACAGUCUUGGCGAUGAUGCUAAAAAUGAAAAACCUCAAAAAUCUGCUACAAAAACAACAAUCCAGAGAAAGCGUUACAGUAAGAGUAGAGCACGUACGCGGAGUCCCGAGCGUAUCAAAACGCUUAAAAAAACGCGACGAGUGAAGGCAAAUGAUCGGGAGAGAAACCGCAUGCACAACUUAAAUAGUGCGUUGGACAGACUGCGGCGGGUGCUCCCGACUUUUCCCGAUGACACGAAACUUACCAAGAUAGAAACCCUCCGUUUCGCUCACAACUAUAUUUGGGUACUUUCAGAAACAGUAAAAAUGUUAGACAACAGAGAAUGUCAUGACGGGUUCUCGGACACAUCGAACUGGCCAGCUUCCACCUCGGACGUAGUGGACAAUUCAGCUCCGAGCGUAGAAACGCAGAAAGCCUCAUGUUCUUUUGGUUACGGCUUGCCUACCCCGCAAAUGUCAACUUUGACCAGCUUUUAUGGCCCUCCUGUUUCAUUACCUGGUUGGAUUCCCCCUUUAGCUAACUGUAGUGUUUCCUCCUUCAUGUCGUCUAGUGCCAUGGAGAUGUUAGAUUCCUGUAGCUCGAGCUCGGAAAGUUCAUGUACUUAUGAAAGUUUGUAA